GGAAGUGCACGUUGUCCCAACGCUGCAGCGACUGGUUUCGGGAGAUUGGUUCACAUCCCGCACCUCAGCCUGCGGACUGUUCUCGGUUUGCUACCCAAGGGUGUAGGCCGCGGUCAAAGCCGAACUGAGGAACAACUUCCGGCAGCUGUGCCAGGACGAAACACCCAUGGUUCGACGGGCUGCCGCCGGAAAGCUGGGUGAAUUCGCCAAGGUCGUCGAGCUGGAGUAUCUGAAAUCGGACUUGAUUCCCAUGUUUGUGCAGAUGGCCCAGGACGAUCAGGACUCAGUUCGUCUGCUGGCUGUGGAGGCUUGCGUAAGCAUUGCCCAGUUGCUGCCCCAAGAUGAUGUAGAACACAGCGUCAUGCCAACUUUGCGCCAGUGCGUCAACGAUUCUUCGUGGCGAGUUCGGUACAUGGUGGCGGAAAAGUUCACCGGCUUGCAGAAGGCUGUUGGACCGGAAAUCACUAAAACCGAUCUUGUUCCGGCAUUCCAAUAUCCGGCUCGAAGGACCAAUGUUUCAGGGGCUCGCUCGAGGUCACACCGACAGGAUGGGCUCACCUGGGAAACGGGAAAGAAGGACCAAUGUUUCAGGGGCUCGCUCGGGGUCACACCGACAGGAUGGGCUCACCUGGGAAACGGGAAUCGAUCCUCGCUGGGAACACUGGAUCGUCCUUUGCCGCGAACACGGAAUCAAUCCUCGCGAUUCUUCACUCACUACUUUCUCUACUACUACUACUCACUACUUUCUCUACUACUGCUACUUCUCGGAAUAAUACUUCGCAAAACUGUUUUUCACACAACUGUUUUAUUGAUCUCGCUAUAA